CCAAACUUCAUAAUUAUAAGUUGGCGCGGUGCGCCUGUUUGCUCAAUUGAAUUUUCUGUCGAUUAUAUUGAAUUGCCCCUAGACGCGAAAUUAUCCACUUUGCAUUGUUAAGGAUGGCAUUGCCACCAACUGUUCGGCAACUCCAAAUUCCACUUCUCUACGCGACCAACAUCAUAUCCCUUGGGUUCAAGCCUAGCACGUUCAGAACUGCUGCUAGCUUUUCAAUAAUUUCGUUGCUGGUCGCACAAUGCCUCUAUCCAAGAGAAGACGAUAUAUACUACGGCGAUCGAUACACCAAUGGAUGCCUUGCACUCUAUUGCCUCUUCGUCAAUGUUGAUUGGAUCGUUCUUGCAAAUCCAGAUAAAGAAAGGUGGCACAAAGUAAAAUCCAAUGGUACUGAUGAGAAGUCGGUUGAUGUGCCUCAAUCCUUCCUUGGUAGGGUUUGGUGGGGAGCGAGAUUGGCGACGACGAAUCGCUACGUAGGAUGGUCGCAGGAAGUCAAAAAUGUACCUGUUGAGGUACCCAUUGGCUAUCCAAGAUGGCGCUUCUUGAUUCGGAAAACUCUCCGUGCAGGGUUGAUGUAUGUUCUCGUCGAUAUGACGAACUCGUACAGCGCCUCGACACCGCAUGGGAAUUAUCGAGGUUACGAACAUCUCAGAAAGCCUGUAGGAACUGACGGCCUACCUCUGGGCCAUAAGAUAAUGAUGAGCUGGCUACACAUCAUGAUAACAUUCACCUCUUUGGAGAUGGCGAGCGCUGCGUAUAGCGUUGUCGCCGUCCUCACUGGCCUUUCACCCCCGAAGGACUGCCCUUCCGCGUUCGGUGACGUGCAAAAGUGCUAUACGAUCCGUAACGCAUGGUCUCUGGUCUGGCAUCAGAAUUGCCGUCGUAUAUGCUCCACCCCUGGCAUCUACCUCACCAAGCACGUCUUCUGCUUCCGAAAAGGUUCAUUUGCGUCGAAAUACUUCCAACUAUUCGCUGGUUUCUUUGUCAGUGCAUGCGUUCACGGUGGCUCAGCCAUUCUAUGCAAUCGCGAUUUUUGGGCUGACGAUUACUGUUUUGCGGUCUUUAUGGCUCAAGCUGUCGCUAUUUUGAUCGAAGAUCAUGUUAUUGACAUCGCCCGUUCGUCGCUGGGUCUGAAGGACUCGGCUAUGUGGAGAGUGUUGGGAUAUGUUUAUGUGUUUGUGUGGUUUGGAGUGUCGCUGAUCCCGUGGAUUAAUGCGACGCUUACAAAUGGAAUGUGGUUGCACAUGGCGAGGCCGAAGGACUUUUUUGGGCUGGGUCCUGCGUAUGAAUAGAGUAUGUAAUGUCGCCUUGGUUGGGUAAUUGUACUGCACGGUGGACAACAUUCGAUCGAACAUUUACAUAUAGAAAU